CACUCGUCAGUUAGUUUUUCCAAAGCAUUUUCCCUCUUCCUUCCGCUAAGCGCGAAAACCCUAGCUCUCUCUCUCUCUCUCUCUCUAAAAGCCGAGGAAAUGAAGGAAAUGAAGGUGAACGGAAGCACGACACUCUCACUCGCGCUCUUCAACGACGUCACCAAUUGCAAGGAACUUGUGGAAUCUAUGCAAGCAGGAACACUUGAACCUGAAGUAGCCUUUCUUAAUGCAUCUCUUAUACCAGACGUUUUCCCUGUUCUAGCGGCAGCACAUAAAGCACAUUUAGCCAAAUCAAGGGGAUCAUUGACAACACGCACCCUUCAUUCGGAGCUUGUUUAUAAUUACUCAGGGUCCAAACAUAUAUCAGAAUCAUUGAAGAGAUGUGGAAUCUCUGAGAACUCUAAGUAUGUUCUCGCAGCUCGUUUCAAUGCUUCUCCUGAUGAGAUGAAUGCUGUAGAGAAGCUGAUCAAUGGAAAAGAGAUUGAUUUGGAGGAGUUGGAAGGAACAGCAGACAAAGCCCAGAUACAGAAGCAUUACAAAAUAUCAAGCCUGGAAUUAUCAAUAUCCUCGCUGGCCGAUUCCAUCACAUGCCGGAUUGCUGCUCGAGAUGCCCUAUAAGAAAGUACGGAAUCUUCUUUAUCAUGUUCUAUUACUUGGUUUUGUUCUAUAUUAUAAGCAUCAGCCUCUUGUACCCCAUUUCUGAUUAAGUUCUUAAUCUUUAUUAUUCUUGAAGAUAUAAUUUUUUUUGGGGUCCAAUUUAAGCUCUUGAGUUAUAAUCUAGGACCCUCAUGCUAUAUCAAAUGCUGUUUGUGUAGUACACAAGAAAGAAGAAAGAACAUUAUUUAGAUUGCAUUUUGAUGCACAACAAACAAAUUUGCAAACACUCAGGAGUUA